AAGGGCUCGAUGCGAUGUGCCGUGAUAGGGACAUGAACCCAAAACUAGUAGAUUCAAACGAUCUCUUUUUAUCGUCGUAUUGGUUGCCGGCAUCGGCUUAAAAAUUGAACUCGAGAGUUCUGUGCGCGUGUCGACGAAGGACUCUUCUUCGCCGGCCCCAUCUCCUUUGAGAAUUUUCUAUUCGCUGGUCGCCCCUCUGGUUCCCGUCAUCCCUUUAUCCCACACAUCGUUCCUUGUCCACCGUUUUAAACCCUUUUUUUCCCGUGCGAGAACCAAGAAAGAGAGAGAGAGAGAGAGAGAACACGUCCUCCGUUUUAAACCCUUUUUUUCCCGUGCGAGAACCAAGAAAGAGAGAGAGAGAGAACACGUGAAACAACGAAACACGAGAAACGGAAGUGAGACGGAGAACAAGUUCCUUUCUCGCUUCCAUUGAGAAAUUGUGAUUUUCUUUUUUACGUAACAAAGUGAUCGCGACAGCGAUAUUAGAAGGAAAGGAAAGGAUCGACGCUUGCCAAGGGAGGAAACAUUGUUGGAUAGCACGUACCUUGUUCUCUCGUUACACUUGUCUUUUCGCGCUUGAAAAACGCACGCGGGACCAGCAGAUUUGAAAGGCGCGCACCCUUUCUUCACCUAACCCUUGCGAAAUCAGCUACAACGAGGAAGAAACGAACAGUCAGAAGGUGUACUUCCAAGUAGCUUCCAGGCUGUACUCCAUUUAUUUCAAUCUGUGGAGAAUCGCGAGGGAGUGCAUUUGCGGCGGCGGUGGCUCACGGUGUAGACAAAGUGGGAUGAGACGUCCUCAGCAAGAACAUCACCAUCUCCACAGCAACCACCACAAUCACCACCAUCUUCAUCAUCACCAUCACCAUCACCAUCAUCAUCAUCAUCAUCAUCAUGGAUCCUCGACAAGUCCUACACGCUCUCGGCAAGUUCACGAAAAGGACGAAUCCCGUUUGGCGAAGGUGAAACGAGUUCUGGCAGUAUCGCUGUUGGGACGUAACGGAGGAUCGACGAGAAUAUUUGGUACACGAUUGGAUUCCAUCGAGCCGUACCUCGACACCGGCGUGCCUUUCGUGGUGCAUCGGCUGUGCAGUUACAUCGAAGCUCAUGGUUUUCAAAGUGCCGCCGUGUUUCGUCUUUCCGGCGGGAGUCCAAGACUAGCGGAAAGAUUGAGGGCCGCGUUUGAAAGGAGAGGAGACGCCGACUUGGAAGCUGCGGCAUGUCCUCCGACUGCGGCCACGCUUCUUCGUCAGUAUCUCAAAGAAUUGCCACAACCUGUCGUAUCUUCGACGCUCGUAGCUAGACUAUUGACCAUUCAUACUCAGAGUUACGCAAAUGAUCACGACUGCUGGAUCAGUUCAACCAAGGAGGUUCUUUCGACUCUGCCAUCCUCCCAUUAUCGUUUGUUCGGUUACUUGGCUCUUUAUUUAAGCAAGUAUGAAGCUAAACAUGGACGAAGCGCCGGCGUUUGCGGUGUAUUCGCUCCCGUGAUUCUACCUCAUGUUCCACCCGCUACCACGCUUCUUCGCGACAUCCUGGCCGAAGCGUCCGAAAUUUUUCCAGACUGCAUCCGUGAUAACGUGGUGAACGGCGUGAUCCCCGCGAGUGAUUGUAAAAUUUGCAAGGACGCAAAGGCCGAGCCGAAAGAUACCGAGGACGCGUCUCUGUUUUGCGCGCUGAAACCGCGUAAGCGUAAAGAACGUCGUGAGUCCUGUUGUCAAGAAAGGAAACUGAUAAGAAGCAGCAGCGAGGAACGUGUUCUUGAUAGUCCGACUGAAACCGCAGACACGAUUAGACGCGUGAGCAGUCACGAAGACUUCAAUAGUGAAGAACAUUUGCACAUUUUGUCACAACUCGGCCAAGACAUGGGUCAUGGUGUGAGAUGCGGAAGUCUUCCUUUGCACGAGAGAACGAAUGUUUCACCGGUAUCCAAGAAAACUCCACCAAUUCUGUCACCAUGUGAAACGGCGUUAGAAACGGAAAAGUUCGAAUGCGACGCUGAAAAAUUGAGAAGCAGCGAACGUUUCAGCCGAAGUAUUACUCCAAGGGGAAGAAGGCAGGCUCGAAGAAGAAGAGUGCACAAGGUUGCAGAUACGGAGAGCUCGAGCAAGGAAAACGAGGAAGAAACUGAUAAUAUUUAUAAUGUGUCAUCGAGCCCUAAUGGUCGUAAUGGUUCUCCAGCGCAGAGUUUUUUGGAAAUGUUGAGCAGCGGCCCGAGUCGAUCACCAUCACCGGCUCGUCCUCUUAUAGUUAGUCAUGAAGAUUUAAACAAUCCCAGCUUAACUAAUUGGACCUUUCAACGACAAGAAAAUGGAGAAGCUGCGGAUGCACGAGUGGAAGCUAUGUUUUCUCCAAGAAAUUCUUUAUUGUUACCUAGACGUUUUUAUUCUGAGAAUGAAAUGCAACCGACCGUUCCGAAUAUCGCGGAACUUGGUUUAAAAAGUUUGACUAAACAUAUAAAUGGUUUGAAGAAAAAGAUUAAAAAGUACGAAGACGAAUUUGAAGAAAAUUUUGGUUAUCGUCCAAGUCAUUCCGACAAAAUGAGUAACAAGGAUAUAAAACGAUUAUGCAUGGAGUUAAACAAAUUGCGGAAGGAACAUAAACUGUUAAAAGAAGAUCCAAUUAGUGCGUUAUUGGCUAAUGCAAAUAACAGAACAAGAACUAAUGGUAGCCCAACGAAUAACAAUAAUAGCCAAGAAAAGUCUGGAGCGACGUCGAUGGAAGAAGUAGUAAAAGAAGUAGAGAAAAAGCUUAACGAAAAGAGAUUAAAAUAUAACAGACCCGAGAAUAUGGAGGAGUUAACUUACGAACAACUGAUAGAUGAAAAAACUGCUGUCCAAAAAGCUUUGCUUCACAUUGAGAACACUUUUGGGAGACCAGUUUCUAAGGAAGACAGAGCUGUUGUUCGACCUUUGUACGAUAAAUAUAGAACAUUGAAAAGAUUACUCAUUAGAGCAGGAGUGAGCAAAAAUAAAGAUAGUAUUUCAGAAUUAGCUACUAUUUUGGAGCAUGAAGCAAUGGAUUUUACCUCGUCCAAUUUACCUGGUAAUCCAUCUGAUACGGAAAGAAGAGCCAGCGAACCUGAUAUGUCACAUAGAGGUAUUUUGGAUUGUAUAGAUUCGGUAGACCAAUUGCCAACUGAUAGUGAUAGUCAGCACAGCAGUAGCGAAGGAAGUCGUAGUAACAACGAAAGUCUUCAUGCUCUUCCACAAGAAGAAUUAUUGGUACAACAAAAAUUAACCAGGGAAGAGAAAAAGCGUCUGCGACGGGCUCUGAAAGAAUUAGAAGCACAGUUCGAAGCUCGUGCCGGCCGUAGAAUGCAAAGAGAAGACCGUGGUCCGCAUGUUACAUCCGUUUACGAAUCGUAUAAACAGGCCAAAGCAAAGCUUAGACUGAUCGAUGCUCUUAUAGCUAAAAAUGCUUGACGCAGUAUCUAAUUGAUGUCUUGAAAUCUACGUCCUAAUCCAGCAACAAGAAAAGCUUCAAACAUCUCGAAACGUGUGAAACAUACGCAGUGAUUAUUAUACAAUCGAUAAAUCAUACAACAUUCGUACAGUUAUAAAUAAUGUUAACACGCAAUAGUAAUGCCAAGAAAAAAUAUUUAAACGAAACAACAGUUAUUCAGACAAGAAGAUAUAAUAGUAUGUAUGAUAAUUUGAAUUUAUCUAAAAUCAAAACAUUUUAGAAAAAGAAA